UACAAAUCAAUGAAUUGUGUCUUCCCUGUUUUCAUUUGACAAUGUGGUAAACUAUGUGAUCGUGGGUGUCUAUUUUAGCUACUUUAUGAUUUAAACCUGCUUACGGCCACUCACAUCAAUGUAUUUUCCCCAAUGAGAAGCUACAGCAACAAUUGCAUUUAUCACAGUUUUUCUUUUGGUUCAAUAGAUCGCCUCAGUUUUUUUCUUAAUUCUUUUUGUUCCAUUGCUCUUUCUUAAUUUGUCUUCGCCAACUCGAUAAAUGAUGGAUACUAUUUCUUUAAUGCCUCAAGAACUCAUUCAAGGAAUAGCAAUGUACCUAUUUCAUUACGAUGUAUUUCAGUGUCAGUUAGUUUGCAAACACUGGUUUAGCAAAUGGAGUUGCUAUCUUUUGAAACGUGUACAUACAAGAGGGUCAUUUGAAUUCAACGCCUUACAUAAAUACUUGAAAUUUAAAACCAAACAAGAAGAAGCAGGUAGCAAUGGUAUUAUAGUUGAUGCUGAUUUGACCAUAACUGCAGGACAGCAAGUUCGCACAUUGAUUGUACAAAAAGGACACGUUACACCUUCAAUGCUGGGCGAACUUCCCAUACUUUUUCCCUUUGUCGAGCGAUUCAUGAUAGAUGAUCUAGCUCUAUCAGACAAUGCGCAAAAUGCUUUUCUACCAGAUCAUAAAUACAUUCGGCAACAGAAGGAAUUAGAACUUGUUAAGGCCAAUUUUAUCAACGAUCCCUGUCAUUGGAGAACAACGUUAAAGAGUUUGGUUGAGAUCAAUGGGACAACUAUCACUAAUGCAUUACUCUUACCUUCUAACAAUGACAACUCCACUGUUAGCCUCAAAAUACUUUAUUUACGAUUUGGUAAUUCAAACGAUCGAGUAAACGGGAAGUUGAACCUUCUGAAGAAGGGGCUGAAUAAUGCGCCGCUGUUGCAAACACUAUCUUUGGAAAAUGUUUUUUUGGCCCCUGAAGAACUAGAGUUGAUACAUCUGCAAUGUCCCCAAUUGAGAAGAUUAAGACUAGUUGACGUAAUUUUAUGCCCUAUAACAACUAAAAUAGUAAGAGACGUUUCCUUAGAACAGGUGCGACCAGCGCCACCUAGUUUGCAAACUCUGGAAAUCAUAGACGGAGGCUUCCUCAGGACAAAUGACAAUGACAAUAAGGCCUUUUGGCUAGAUUAUAUAAAUAGAAAAUAUAGCCAUGUCAACAGUUUGCAUAUUGAAUCAUUACAACAAGAACAGGAGAAUCAGCAGAUACAAUUACCAGUACGCCGACGACAACUACCUGUAAGACAAGCCAUACAAAGUUGUUAAAAAUGCAUAUGUUUGACUGCCUACAAUAGCAUAAAAUUUCUUAUCUUUGGCAAAGGAGUCUUUGAUGGUAUGUAAUUAGCUGUUAAACAAACAUAGACAAAUCCUUGUUAUUAUUUCUUUUCUACGACGAAUAAAUCAAUACAUCUUUGGUAAAAGACGUCGCUGGUUCGAGAGGCUUUCAACUAUAGUCAACAGUAUUAUCAGUAAAAGUUAAUGAGAG